UUUCCCUAUGUUAUCAGUAGCAAAAUGAAGUUACUUCUGUUAAUAAGUGUCUUAGUGUCCGCUUCGAACGCAGGUGAAUUGUUUUGGGGCGAUGCCACUGAAAUCACUAAUAACGGACUGUUCAGUUUACAAUGUCAGCAUGAUGGAAAAUUUUUAACUGCAGGUAAGGACGGUACACCUGAGAGACAAGAAUGGUUCGACAGUCCGAAUCAAAAAUUCGUUUUCACCAGUUCAACAAAAAACAAUGAAUCGUCCUGGAAGCUAACUCCCGUCGAUGAAAAGAAUGCCAUCACAGAUCAUUAUAAAAUUACAGACGUUGGACAUGGCAAGUAUCAGUUGAAAAGUUUCUCGAGCGGAAAAUGUCUUCAGGCACAGGGACGAAAUGCUGUUGGCGAAAGCGAUUGCGUUAAAGACGAUCCAACACAAAGAUGGUUUGCUGCUGUUGCAACGUAAUGUCUUUUGUUCUACACAUUAUGAUGUAGUCGAGUUAGCUUUUAAUUGUGUUACUAAUCUGUUUCAUUAAAUCUUUUUCGUGCAUAAUUUGCUCAUCUAUUCCCAAAAA